GUGAUAACAAAAUAUUCGCACGAAUGAACGUCGAAUCCAGUUCUCAUCCAACAAAAUCAUGUUGCCGCUCAUGAAUUCCACAAUAGUCAACUUGACAAGUACAUAAGGUACAUCAAUACCUCUCCCCAAAAUGAUUCUUUUUCUCUCUCCCUCAUCGGCCUCUCGUCGAACAAUAAAAUACCAACCUUGUCAAGAAUUGCUGCGAACAGCAAAACCGCCAAUAUGCCGUCCGCUUUCUUCAAAAAUUACCGCGUCUAUUUUCUGACGGCUGUGGCUUACAUGGGAUCGUUACUCUUCGCGCCAAGACCAAUCAAGAUGAUGGAACAUGACUGACAUAUGAUGGCUUAUGCAGGUUACGAUACCGGUGUCAUGGGAUCGGUACUGGCUCUCAAAAGUUUCAGAGAAGAUUUCGGAUUACCGCCUGAUUCGACGGGAUUUGGUGGAUCCAAGAACGCACAGGUUGCCUCGAAUGUUGUCUCUUUGCUUACGGCUGGUUGUUUCUUCGGUUCCAUCGCUGCCGCUUUCUGCAGUGAUCGAUUCGGAAGAAAACUCUCUCUCAUGGGAUUCAGUUUUAUCUUCCUCGUUGGUGCUGCUGUUCAAACUAGUUCUAGCCACAGUAUUGGGCAAAUCUAUGCUGGUCGUGUUAUUGCUGGUUUGGGAGUUGGUGGAAUGUCCUCUAUCACUCCUGUUUUCGUCACAGAGAAUGCACCUCCCGCCAUUAGAGGACGAAUUACUGGAAUGUUCCAAGAGUUCUUGGUACUUGGUUCUACCUUUGCUUACUGGCUGAAUUACGGUGUUGCAUUACACAUCCCUCAAUCAACUAAGCAGUGGAGAAUCCCAGUCGCUAUUCAACUUAUCCCAGGUGGAUUCCUCUUAAUCGGUCUCUUCUUCUUGAAGGAAUCUCCAAGAUGGCUUGCUAAGCAAGGUCGAUAUGAGGAAGCCACUGCUUCCAUGGCUUGGACUAGAUGCACCACAAGUGAAGAUGAAGAAAUCAUGCAGGAAAUCGCCGAGAUCCGUGCAUCCAUUGAGGAGGAACUCGCUGCAACUGAAGGGCUCACCUGGAAAGAGUGUAUCGCCCCAGCCAACAGAUUCAGAUUCUUUUCAGCUUUCUGCCUCAUGUUCUGGCAGCAAUUCUCCGGAACCAACUCUAUUGGAUACUAUGCACCACAAAUCUUCCAAACCAUUGGUAUCUCAGCUGCUAACACCGCUUUGUUCGCUACUGGUAUCUAUGGUACUGUAAAGGUCGUCACUACUGGUAUAUUCUUACUUACUGGUAUUGAUACAUUGGGUCGUCGCAAGUCUCUUAUUUUCGGUGCCGCAUGGAUGAUGGCCAUGAUGUUCAUUCUCUCAGCCGUCCUCGUUACCCACCCACCUGACACCAAGGCCACCAGCGUUGCACCAGCAUCGAUCGCUAUGGUUGUAAUGAUUUACCUUUUUGUCAUCGGUUAUUCCGCAUCAUGGGGACCUAUUCCAUGGGUCUAUGUAUCCGAGAUUUUCCCCACUCGUCUCCGUUCUUACGGUGUUGGUCUCGCCGCCUCUACUCAAUGGUUGUGCAAUUUUUCCAUUACGGAGAUUACACCAAUUGCUGUUUCAAACAUUGGAUGGAGAACAUUUUUGAUGUUCGGAUUCUUCUGUUUUGGAAUGGGUGUAUGGUCCUUCUUCAUCAUUAAAGAAACGAAGGGCAAGACUUUGGAAGAAUUAGAUAUUCUCUUCGGGGGUGUUAACGCCGACCGAAGAGCCCAGGAUGUAGAAGCAGUGCUCCAUUCAAAGAAGGAUAUUGUUCAUCAUGAGGGUGACGAGUCAGUAGGAAGCAAGGCUGGCACUAUUAGAGUUGAGGACAGUCCUGAAAAGAGUACCUAGAAGGGUUAAUGAUUUGGUUAUAUUUAUGAUAGAUGUUAUGUAUAGACUCCGACGUCUGCUUGCCUUAUAGUUGGCCGCAGUACUGUCGACGGGACUUUGAUAGAUGAAUGAACGGCAGAUUAAUGAUAAUAAAACAUGUUUUGAAAGUA